AUGACCAUCAUGGCGAAAAUUGAUGUACACCAUCAUUUCUACCCCGCGGCCAUGCGUGAAGCCCUGGAUCGCGCAGGAGGCGACCCCUCGGGCUGGUACACUCCCCCCUGGACGCUGGAGUUGGACCAGGACAUGGGACGACAUCUGAAGGUGGCCACUAGCAUUCUCUCGGUCACUGCACCGGGGCCAGGCAUUGAGCGUGAUGCUACUAAAGCCGCUGCGCUGGCGCGCAGCUGCAACGAAUCUGCCGCCGCCAUUCGGGACGCUCAACCGCACCAGUAUGGCUUCUUCGCAUCGGUGCCCUCCCUGUUCGAUACAGAGGCCGUCUUGGAGGAAAUCGACUACGCCUGCACCACUCUCCGUGCAGACGGAGUCACGCUCUUCACCCGCUACGGCGAUGGUCCUAAUUACCUAGGACAUGCAGCCUUUCGACCCAUCUGGGCCGAUCUCAGCCGCCGCGGUGCUGUGGUCUUCACCCACCCGACCCAUCCGGUCGAUACGCAACUCGUCAACCAAUGGCUACCGCAGCCCAUGUUUGACUAUCCGCAUGAGACUGGCCGAGCCGCCAUGGAUAUAUUGACAAGUGGAAUUUUGCAAGACUAUCCGGGAUGCAAGAUCAUCCUCUCUCACGCGGGCGGCACCUUGCCGUAUCUCAUCCAUCGGGCGGCUACCAUGCUGCCCUGUAUGCCAAAUCCGCUCGGUCUGUCAACUGAAGAGCUGGUGGAGGCUGCCCGGACUUUCUACUUCGACACAGCCAUCUCAUCGAACCCGAUCACGUUGAAGGCGCUGUUCGAGUUCGCUGCGCCUGGGCAUGUGCUCUUUGGCAGUGAUUUCCCAAAUGCCCCGCAGGGCGCGAUCCAACGCUUCACAGACUUUCUGGAGUUGUAUGAACUGCCAGCGCAGACUAAGCGACAGGUAGAUAGCGGAGCGGCAUUGGAGUUGUUUCCGCGACUGAAGGGGGCCCCGGAUAAGGCGAGGAUCUGA